GCUGCCGAGCAGUUGCCGCCGCGUCCCCGCGGUGUGUUGUGGGCCGGGCCGCGGUGCCCGGAUGUGCUGAUUGUGAGCUCGCUCCCGUGUCGUAGCCGGUCGGGGGGCGGCGAGGGGGGGCUCCGCCGCCAUGGAAACACCCGGGAAAUGAAUGAUGACCAUAGUUGAUAAAGUGACAGAGGCCUCAAUCACUGCAGCUUGCAAGAACCAGACCUGCAGCUCCGUGGUGCCUUUCUCUGGAAUUGUCAAAGAGAAGAACAUGGAGCCAGGGACAGCAAGUUGGGGUGCAACAUCUCCUAUUACAGAGGUACCGAAGAACAAAAUCUUAGGACCCAUGCCUGGAGCUGCUUUAUAUACCAAUACAAUGUCUCUACAAGAGAAACCAAAGCAACCAGUACAAAAAGAUCAAAGUGUCCUGGGCAGUGGCGAUGGGAUAGCGCCUCCACAGAAAAUAUUGUUUCCAGCGGAGAAGAUUUCCUUGAAAUGGCAGCAGAUCCAUAAAAUAGGAGCUGGCCUCCAAAACUUGGGCAACACCUGCUUCCUGAAUUCUGCUCUGCAGUGCUUGACCUACACGCCACCUCUUGCAAACUAUAUGCUUUCCCGAGAACAUUCCAGAACAUGUAAUGAACAGGGAUUCUGUAUGAUGUGCAUGAUGCAGAACCAUAUUACCCAGGUCUUUUCCAAUUCUGGAAAUGUUAUCAAGCCCAUGUCCGUCAUUAAUGAUCUCAGACGAAUAGCAAAACAUUUUCGAUUUGGAAACCAAGAAGACGCACACGAAUUCCUCCGUUACACAGUUGAUGCUCUCCAGAAAGCAUGCCUAAAUGGAAGCAACAAAUUGGAUAGACAAACUCAGGCCACUACAAUGAUAUAUCAAAUUUUUGGAGGAUACUUAAGGUCGAGAGUUAAAUGCUUAAACUGCAAAGGAGUUUCUGACACAUAUGACCCGUAUUUGGAUAUUGCUUUGGAAAUAAAGACAGCACCAAACAUCAUAAAAGCUCUGGAGCAGUUUGUGAAACCUGAGCAGCUUGACGGGGAAAAUGCUUACAAGUGUACCAAGUGUAAGAAGAUGGUACCUGCCUCAAAGAGAUUCACCAUCCAUCGAGCUUCAAAUGUGCUGACGCUCUCUUUAAAGCGUUUUGCUAACUUUACAGGUGGAAAGAUCACAAAGGAGGUGAGGUAUUCAGAGUAUCUGGAUGUACGACCUUAUAUGUCACAGUCAAAUGGAGAGCCAGUAGUGUAUGCUCUGUAUGCAGUGUUGGUACAUUCGGGAUUCAGCUGUCAUGCUGGACAUUACUACUGUUAUAUCAAGGCCAGUAAUGGACAGUGGUACCAGAUGAACGAUUCCCUUGUAUCUACAAGUGACAUCCGAUCAGUGCUGAAUCAGCAAGCUUAUGUACUAUUUUUUUUCAGAUCGCAUGACACAAAAAAUGGUUCAAAGCAUUCUAAUCACAUGGGCCAGUCAUCUCCAAGGCCACCUGUCAACCAGCGAUUGGCUACCAACCAAGCUCUUUCCGGUUUUAUUGGACCACAACUCUCUCCCCAAAUGACCAAGAAAUCAAAUCACUUAACAAAUGGAAAUUGCUCCCUGAAAGAUGUUCACAGCAAUGCAACGCCCAGCACAAGUGGAACCAGGACAAUAUCUACACCCCCUGGACCUUCUCAGAGUCGGUUACUGCCCAGACCAACCACCUUACCUGAAUCUUCCAAACGGCAAAAACUUUCCUUCAGUAUCCAGCCUUCUAAGCCAGGGACAAGACAAGCCCAGCCCCUGACCAAGCUCCACAGUAGUCCAUUGGAGAACUUGUACAAAGCUCCAUCCAGUGUUUCCCAUGCCAAUGUUUCACCAUCUACCUCGGGAACCUCGGUGGCAGGAUCCCCACCCUCCAUUCCAACUGCUACAACUGUCAUAGCCACUCAACCCGUGGCAUCCAACACAUCCUCUUCUCACUUAAUGGUGAAUGGUCAGUCCAAGGGAUCUUCCAAUUCUUUAGUUCCAUAUAAUGAGGAAUCUUCAGAGGAAUCUGAUGAAGAACCCAAGGGCUUGAUUAAGGAAAAUGGCUAUACAAAGUCUCUGAACAGAGCGAUUAAUGGAACCGGACCCAGUGCAUAUCUCAAAAUGAAUUCAGUGUCUACAGCCACCUGUGGUGACUCCCACCCGGAAAAGCUGUCCGAGAUAGAUGCGACAAAAACUGAUGCACUUCGAGAUGCAAGGGAUCAUGGCAGGCAUCAGACAUCGGAACCUACUGUUCCUCAGGUGCAGUCUGUGAAUUGUCCUGCAAACGGUUUACCCACAAAAGGAUUACCUGCUGUUGAAGUAAUUAUUUCGACUAUUUCACCACUCCAGGACCAUCCUUCUGCUCAGAAUCCAAACACAGAAAGUGUAGCGCAGAACUCAACAGGCAGAAAGAACGGAUCUGAAGAAGCCAGGGGAAGUGAACGCCACUUGCUUAUCCUGUCAAAGACCAGUUCUGCAAUAAAUCAUAGUGGUGGUGGCGGUGAUGCAGACACGGUCCAAAAAUAUAUGACCGAGAAAGAAGCACGUUUAAAUUCUCCAUUAAAAGAAGCCACUGAUGGAAUGUCUACAUCAUCAUCCCCAGCUGAUCCCCUGAAAGGCAAUGGUGAUUUUCAGAGAGACAUUGAUGACCAGAGUCCCAGCGACCAGAGUCCCGUCCACAACGUGCAACCAGUCCUGGAGAAAAAUGAUUUUGAGAGGCAGUCCGAAGAAAGAGUCCAACCUAAUCAGGGCAGAAAGGAGGUGUGGGUGAGGGACCACCCAAUCAAUGGCCAUGGUUUUGAAAAUAAUAAACAAUCUAGUCAAGAUCCAGGCAGCAAAUUGCCGGAAAUGGAAAAUCAUCGAAUUAAACCUCAAUCUAAUUAUGAUCAUAAGAGCAUCUUGGAAAGUGGGGGCCAAACUAAUAAGGAACACGCCGUUAAUAAAGCAAAAAUUAGUCAAGAUGAAACUUCUCCAGCAGGAAAAUAUGAACAUUCAGCUGAGAAACAUCAGUCUGAUAGGGAAACAGAAAAUCAAAAGAAGAAAUGGGUUUUUGAGGAAAAUAACCAACUUAUCAACAAAGAGAGGCUUCAAGAAAAGCUUGCCAGAAAGGAUGUCCACCAGAAGCCAGAGCAGGAACUGAGUGGUUUAGUCAUCGCAUCUGUUAAGGAAAGCUCUAAUCAAAAUAAGAACAGCAAUUUUGAACUUGACAGCACUUACAAAGCAUCAGUUCUUUCUCCAAGCAGGGUUAUGGCUGGUCCAGAGGAAACCCGGAUUCAGGAGAAAGAGAACACUGUUACAGCAGAAGCUCGAAGCAAGGAACGGACUAGUGAAGAGAAAGGUAGAAUAUUACAAAAGGAUAGUUAUAGGAGUGACUCCAACUAUAGGCACAGGUCUAGGGAACACAAAGAAAGAAGAUUAUCUCAAAAUGAAAAGGAUAUUGAAAAACCAGCAAGUUGCAAUUAUAGUAAUUGGUCUCACAAAAUAGACUAUCAAGAUGGAAGAAUUGAUAAAUAUAAAAGAGAUAAUGAAUGUCCAGCUGACAGGCAAAGUUACUGCAAUUCAAAGCCACUUCCGUCUUCCCACCACCCUUGUCAGGAUAAGUUUUACAGAGAGAAGUACAGCUCGGGCUCUAAUGGAAGGUCUUGGAGCAAUCAGUUUGAAUAUAAUGGACUAGAGAGCAAAUCCGAGCGUAAACGGAAACACUGCGCCAGCAAGACUGGCGAUGGUGACACUGAAAGGAAAUGGAAAAAGUUCUGUAGGGAUCGGCCACCUGAGGAAAGGAGAAUGAAAAGGCACAAGAAAUCAAAGAAGAAAAAGGCAUCAAAAGACAAACGCAGGGAGAGGAAUCAUAGGCAACAUCUGUUGGAUAUGUCUGAACUGGGUUCCGGGACUGAGGAAAGGAAACACAGGAAAAAGAAAAAGAAGAAGAAGAAGAAGAAACGACAUCACGAUGACAGAGAUGGCCAUUACCAGAAAGCCUACCACCAUUCCAGGAAACACCACGCUGUGAAAUCGGCUAACACUACAGGUGAACGGGAGCGGAACUGUGAACCAACCCGCAGUGGCUUUUCUGAAGAUAAGAUGCACAGAUACAAACAAAUGUAUGAUGAUCGACUGCAACAGAAAGCUAGAAUUGCUCAUAUAGAAAGCAAGCAGAACGGAUCUCACCUCCACAGCAGAGAUGAAAUACUAAACGAGCAUAAUGGAGGUAUUAGCAGGCACCUUCUAGACUGUGUUGGUUCAGGAUCGAUUUCUGACUGUCACAAUGAGUGGUCCAGGAAGAGGUUAGAAAAUGGCAACGAUUCAUACAAACAUUCAAAACUGGAUAAAGAACACUUACGAGAAAAGCACUACUCUCACAGUUACAAAGAAUGCUGUCCAACAGAUAGCAGGAGCAAUUUUUCUGGUGUUAGUUCUUUUAGGGACUCUACAAGACGGAAGACUGAUGAGAAGAGAUGUGAAGAGAAAGCUCAGUAGAAGCUCAUGGAAGGGAAACUUUAAUACAGAUAUCCACAAAAUGUGACGAAACUUCAAGAGCUCACACUUUGGGAUCCUGCACGUGGUGCUUUAUUCCUUAAAAUACUGUACAGAACAUUACUGACCGGGUGGAAACACUUUUAGUUUUCUUCUUGGGGAGUUUUUUUAAUUUACACGUUUAGUGAAAAAUCCAAAAAGGAUUGUUAGUUUCUGUUCCUUGAUGAACACUGUACAAAUACUGUAUAAAUAGCUGUAAUAUAUAAAUGGUCACCCUGGAAUUUUUUUUAAAGACUCGAAUGCUGCUCAGCCACAGACUCAGGUUUGAUUACUACUUGUGUGUUAUGUGUAAUUUUUAGUGGUUAACUAUAGGGUGCAAAUUGGUGCAAAAAAAAGGACCAGGAAAUGGCUACUUGGAAUGCAGGAAUAGUGCAACAGACUGUGAAAUCAGAGGUUUGUUUUAAUAAACCAAGCACUAAAUUUUAUUUUACAAACCGAAAGUUUUUCCAAGAGCAAAAGCAGUCAAGAGUAGAAGCAGAAUAGUUUAGACUUGAGAAGAAUCUCAACAGUGACUUAUUUGUACUGGGAUUCUGUCUGAAACUAGAAACUAUUUUUUUUAAAAAUCCAUGUUCAAAGUUGUAUGGUCUAGAAUACCAAAUUCUGAGCAUUUCUUCCAGUUCUUGAGAUAUUAAUUUUAAACUAUCUUAGUUUAUAUACUUGUCUUUUAAGUUCACAAGUUAUAAUUUGUGUAUAAAAGAAGGGCUUUAGAAUGUAAAUUCUUUUAAAUGUUACUGUUCUAAAUUGAUGUACUGCCUUCCUUCUAAAAUGUUCCUUGGGCAAAACUGUACUGAUAUGUACAUAGACUAUAUUGUUUAAAAGAAAAAAAAAUGUAAUUUAAUCUGGACCAUUUGAAUUUCUUGCCCUGGUUUGAUUGCAAAAAUUCCCAAUGCGCAUUUACGCUGGGCUUGGUCCGCGUGCAAUGCAGCAGUUGCCUUUCUUGUGCGUGAGGUGCUUCCAGUCCUGUCACUGACUACAAGUCACUUUAAGUUUCUAGCUGCAGACAGAAAUGGAUCCUGCAAAUAAUAUUAAAACUGAGAUGCACUCAAACUGUGAUACCAGCUAUUUCAACUUUGGUCCUGUAUCAGGAAAACAAUAACAAAAAUGUAAUCCGUGUGAUUCUUACGGGAAAGUGUGUGUGGUUCGGAGCUGUACUGAAGUGUGUUUAACUUUAAUUGGAUUGGUCGAGAGGCGUUUUGGAUGGAGCAACCACCAUCUGCCCAUAUUGUACUGUAGCAUGUGAAAUUUGUAGAAUGUACAAACAUGAAGUAAAACUGAAAGAAAUGUAUAUAAUGCAACGUGUUAACAGUUUUCCUUUCACAAUGCACAGUCAACAUUCCUAUCCAAGUCCAACAACAAAAGGAGCAACAGCCCCCUCC